AUGGCACCGUCAUUAAUUAAAAUAUUUCGUUUCAAAAAGCAUAAGGAUUAUGGGGAUGAAACUUCGAACCUUAAUCGUAAAGACUGUUCACGUCAUUCUUUGCGUUGCUGUUCACCGAUUCCGUCGUGGCGAUCUGAUAAAGAAGCUAUUUACAUAAGCGGAGCGUCAUGGACUCGGCCUUCAGCUCCAUAUUCUGUUAUUACUGCACCGAAGAAGGGAAAACAAACAAGGUCAUGUCCUGGAGGAGUAUCUGCUGCACCUUUAAAAACAUCUUGUAAUAUAUAUAAAAAAUAUGACUCAGUGGAAAACAAAAGCAUUGGAAUAACGGCUGAUGCCAGAAGUUUUGAUGCAGAAAUCAAAACAUCUGAAUAUGGUAGUGCUGAUCCCAGUCCAGUGGAAAAUUCACUGAACGUUUCCACACCAUUCAUGGAAUCUGACGUUAAUAAUGAACACGAAAUUGAGAUCAAAAAGUAUGAAUGUGAGAUACGAAAAUUGAAAAAACGCAUAAAGGAGGAACGGCAAUAUUUUAAAGGACAAAUAAUCACUGCACAGAAAGAAAAGGAUCACAUGAGACGUUAUUUAGAAAAGGCUAGUCGUGCUGUCAUGCACAUGCAGCGAGGAAUUGAUCACGAAAGGCGAAAGAAUUUAAAUCUGAGGAAGCAGUUGCACGAAUCGGAUAUGAUUAUCAUUGGCUUACAGAAUCAACUAAAAAAUAGUCAGUAUCGUGAGGCUGAGCGUAUGGGUACUGUUUGUUGUCCAUCUUGUGGUUCUACGAUUAUUGGAGCUGGUGAAGCACUUUGUGCACUCACUCAUUCCGAUGCUAAUCUUUAUGAAGAUUCAUUUUUAUCAAAUAUUAGUGAUGCACCAGAUGAAGUAAAAAGUUUUCGCAUCAGAAGAUGUGAGACACCCAAUGUUGCACCAUCUCCACGAACUUCACCUCUCAUGAAAGAUGUUAACAUGUUCGAGGAACAAAGAAUCGUGAAUGACAAAUUGAGUAGGUCACCACGUAGUCCACUAAAACGUUCAUAUUCUGAUAGUGAAUUACCAUCAAUGAUUGUGACCGCUGAAACAGAAAACAGUUCACAGGAAUGUUUAUUGCAACUAACACAUUUACCUACUCGCGGAGAAUUAUUAUCGGAAAGUUUGGAUGGCACCAGCUUCUCUUCAGAUGAGGACACUGCUACCAUUGAAUUACUAGAAAAACAAUUGAGACGUCGUGGUGAUAAUGUACGUUUCAUACCUCCGCGGCGAGGUGUACGACAGGCAACAUUUCGUCGCUUCGGCCGGAAAGAGCAGUGUGCAUUGGCUGAAUUCGAUUAUUUGCAAAACCUGAGUACCGAUGCCAGUGGAAUCGUAACUAGUUCGGAAUACUCAUCUCCGGAAGGACGUUUGGGAAAAGGGAAAGAGCCGAGGCCUUCAGGAAACCGUAUGCUUUGUAAACUGAAACUAUCCUCUUGA